CGGGAGCCGCACAAAGGGGCUGUUACCACCAAAUAGCCGUAUUAAAUAAAUAAACAAAUGAAAGCAAAGACUUAAAACGGCGGUGUGUGCUGAGGGAGCUGGGCGGCCCGGCCCUGCCUUUCCCGCCCGGCGGGCCGCCCUCCCUCGGUCGCCAUGGCGGCGUUGGGACUGACGGCGCUGCUCGGGGACGGCUCCGUGGAGGUGCGCUGCGCGGGGGGAGCCCGCCUGGUGCUGUCGCCUUGCGGCUCCGAGUACCUGUACGAGGAGGCACUGCCCGCCGCCGCACACCCCCUGCAGCCGGCAGAGACCUGCCGCCGACGGGUCGCCUUCGUCCUCAGCGCCCACAGGGAACAAGUUGCACGAGCUCUAGAUUUCCGGAACAAGUUUUCCUCUCGGCCGUACUUACCUUCACGUCUUAUAUCCCCAGAAAGAAAGACUAUUCUUUUCAGUGAUAUCUUAGAAGUUAGAUGGCCUGACCCUGUUACUGCUGACCUGAAGAGAUGUAUAAAGAAUGGCAAUGUGAAGAUCUCCUCAUUAGAUGGUUAUGCCCACCUUUACCUGUCAAAAUUGCAGCAAGAAUUCACUGUGGAGUUCUUAUGCAAAGUCAGCCAACCAUCUGCAGCAUAUUCACGUUCCUCUCAAAAGAACAGCAACUAUCAAAAUGAAGAUCAGUAUGGAAAAUCAAGUAAAAAUUCUCUUCCAGAAAUGUCAUCAGAUCAAACAAGAGUAGAAAAUAGAAAGAAUGAACAUGGCAGUGCUGAAGGAAAAUACAGAGAACCAACCAAACCAAAGGACCAAAAAGAUAGAGUUCCUGUGUUUUAUACAAAUUGUUCUUAUGAAUACACAUGGGUUACACAGUGUUGGUCUGUUUCCUCUUACCCAGAAGAAUGGAAAUACCCUUUGUCUUUGGCAUUAAUGUGCUAUAACUUGCAUACAGUUAAGACUGAAAUGAAAACAUGUGAGGGAAAUAACCAUACGUCUAUAGGAGCAGAUGUUUUCAUAGACCCCAAAGCAUGUGAAGCAGUGUCUCGUUUGCCUGCAGCUUUGCCACUAAGCUGCAGAGCACCACAUUUACACAGGUGGAGUUUCUGUGACUUUUUUCUACAAAAGAAGCAAGAUUCUGGAAUGUAUUCAUACCCUCAGCUAAUUGAAAUUGUAUGGUGCGAAGGUAUUUUUUAUAGAUUUAUCCAUGGCAAAAGAAACAUUGCAGAAAUUUAUCCUGGUGAUGAAUCAUUUUUGAAGUCUGAAGGAGCUUUUUUGGGAAACUAUUUUGUGCAUUAUGCAAUCCAGAAAGGAACAAACAAGAGAGAAGAAAAGAUGUAUUCAGUAAACAGUCUUCCUCCUGAUGUACCAGGAAGUCCAUAUUCUAUAUCCUCCAUCAUUACUCAGGCAACCAAAAUGCUUCAGUACUGCUACAAGACAAAACUAUCAUUAAUUCAUAACUAUCAUCUCUGCUGCUGGAAGAUGGUGCCUGAGACAGAUGGACGGGAAAUGUUGCCUGUUUUGCUGGGUGAAAAGGUUAUUCCCAGCAUUGGAAGACUUCUUGUAUACUCAGACUAUAAAGUCCAUGCUACUUUUAGGGAUGGAAUCACCUUGAAUAUGGUCUGGGAUUUCAGCUCUGGCUGUAGAAAGAUUCAGGUAAAUGAAAAUGUAGGUUGGUGUAAACUAACUACUCCUGAUGGGGUACAGCAGCUAAUAGAAAUAAGUCAUCCUGGAAUCUAUGAAAGAUACAUCACAACAGUAAUAGAAUGGUGCAGAAGUUUGAAUGAAAGCAAAGAGACUCCUGAAUGUACUGCACACUCUGUAACUGAAAAAAAUUGGUCUGCUGAUGCUGAGCUUGAAAAAAUACAGAGAUUUAACUAUUUAUUGGAUAAUAGCAAUGUUCCAGAAAGGAUAUCUGCUGCGAAAAACAAUCCAUCUACAACUGCCAUUGGAAAAACAGAAAAUAGGAGUGAUACUGAAGAACUCAAUGAAGGGUGCAUCUUGGAGGCUUUGGAAAAAACCUCUAAAAUAAUUCAAGAUAUUGAAUCUCUGCUUGCUGCUUCUGGGAAGUGAAGAUCUGUAAUAUGUUGUAUCCUCCUAGGAGGUGUCCCAGCUAUGUCUGAAGAGGUUUUGAAGCGUAAGAGGGAUGAAGGAUGAGACUGCAGCAGUUAAAUGCCUUGCCAGACCAGCAACAUGUGUAAUUUGUUACUGUAAUACCGCAAUUGUAUAAUGUGGAUAGGAGAAAAUUAGGGGCCAAACAGUGGGGCAUGGCUGGAUAAAUAUGAGAGCUGACCUGACAGUACUACGUCUGAGUGUACGAAUGUCUGUUCAAGUUGUGUACCUUUGUAGAGGUUUGUGUGACCAACCUGGUUAAAACUUGUCGGGGUAACUUGGGGCAGGCAUUUUAACGGUAAAAACGUGCUUUUGUCCAGAAACUGACACUAAGUAGUUAAGUAUUAAAGUCACCACAGUGACUCUGUAUUGGAUAAAGUUGCCCAAAAGAUUUAUACCUAUUGUUUUCUAAUAAAAGGCAUGUUUUAGUCAGUA